AUGAAUCUAAAUCUCUCUGGGUCUUUAAACAUAUUCAAGCUACUAACCAGACCAGCAUUAUGUCUUCCGCAUCACACCGUUGCUACUUUUAAUGACCUUCCGGUCCCCUUUGAAAAGGCCUUUGAAGGACAAAACAGGAAAUGCGACAUCAGGGCCGUGGUUCUCGACAAAGACGAUUGCUUUGCUGUUCCCCAUACAAAUGAAGUUCAUAAGCCGUACAGGGAACGCUUCGAGCAACUAAAGGCAGCAUACCCGGGCCGUCGAUUGGUCAUUGUGUCUAAUACCGCCGGGGCUACAUCCUAUGAUGCCUCGCUCAAACUGGCCAGAGAGCUGGAGGAGGCUACUGGCGUGACUGUUCUUCCUCACAAGACGAAGAAACCUGGCUGCGGUUCUGAGAUCAUGGACUACUUUCGCAGUCAUCCUGAGACGGGUGUAUCUCAUCCUUCCCAGGUCGCCGUCGUUGGCGAUCGCUUGACGACAGACAUGAUGCUAGCCAACAUGAUGGGUGGGUGGGGUUUUUGGAUAAGAGAGGGCGUAGUACCUCCGGAAAAGAAGAGCAUUCUCUCAAGGCUGGAAUGGCGUCUAGCUGCAACACUCACAGCCAGGGGUUAUCAAGCUGUAGAUCCGCAAAGUCCUUUUGAGUAA